CGCGUUUGGAACUACAUAACCCAGUCAGUGCAUGCAUUGAGCUGUCGGAUCCGUCGAGAUCUCCAGACGGAAAUUGUGCACCCCGACUUUCAAAUCUGCUUUGCCCAACGCGGUUAGUCGACGCGCUCGCAUGUCCGGAGCCCGAGUCCUCCGAGCUCCAUCCGGUGUAGAGACAUGGGAAUGGACGGGGUUUAUAUUUGACGGAGAAUGCAAUGAUUCCGGGCAUGCAGCGGAUGCUGCCACCGUGGACUUGACGACUAGUGCUGAGCGCUACCUCCGAUCCGUGCGCGACACACGGCGAAAAGAUGAAUCGCCUACUAGCUAGGUCGCUCGUGUGCUACUCGGCGGCGCUGUCUCGAAUGCAGUAGCAAGCGAUCCUGAUAGCUGGUUAGCUGACAGAGGCACAAAAUGGAGCCUAGUUGGAGGCCUUAUAUAUAAUAACACGCUCCAGGCCCCUCGUAGCACCAACCCCAUCCACCCACCCAUGGCUGCUGCUGCAUCGAACCGAGACACAAACCCGGACUCGAACGGCACAGUCUCGGCGCUCCUCUCCCUCAUCGCCGCGUCCGCGCACACGCUCGAGGCCGGCUACCGCACGCACCCCGCCUUCGGAGGCUGCGUGCCCUCCCUCGACGACCCGACCCCGCCGCGGACUUCGGACGUGGAUGCAGCGGGGCAGUGCUUCUCCCCCGCGAUGACGGCCGCGGUGCAGGCUCUCGAGGGCGCGUGUGCGCAGCUGUGCGCGACACUGGCGCGGCCGAACCAUACCCUGCUCAACCAAUUCUUUCUGACGGCGCUGGAACCGAGCUGUCUGCGCGUCGCGCUUGUCUUCAAGAUCCCCGAUAUCCUACGCGACGCGGGUCCGCGUGGGAUGCACGUCACUCAGAUUGGCCAGAGGUGCGGCGCAGAUCCGUCCAAGCUCGGGCGUGCGCUGCGCCUCCUCGCAGCCAAGCACUGUUUUCGUGAAGGUCGGUCUGUGUCCUCGCUGUCAACCUCUCUACCCUGGCUGAACGAAGGGGGAUACGAAACAGUGGAGCGGGACGUGUUCGCCAAUAACCGGCUCAGCGUGCGAUUGCUCGAGUCAGAUCCGAUGCACUGUCUCGGCAUCCACAUGACUGGGGACACGACACGCGCCGCGGCCGAGCUCGCGGACACCAUGGCUGACCCCGCAUGCGCCCACUCCGAGCUCGCGGUCCACUCAGCCUGGAACCGAGCGACGGGCCAGCCGCUGCCCAUGUUCGACUAUUGGGCGCAGACACCUGGCAUGCAAGACCACGGCGAGAGAUUCGGCAUCGGCAUGCUGGGAUGGGGAACCACGGUCGAGGCAGCGACAGUCGUCUCCGCAUACCCCUGGCUGGCCUGCGCCCCAAACCCCACGGUGUGCGAUCUCGGCGGAGGCGUAGGCGCGAUGUCGAUCCUCCUCGCCCGGGCGUAUCCGAAGCUGCGCAUCAUGCUGCAGGACUUGCCCGACCGGAUGGUGCAGGCACGGGACGUCGUCUGGCCCUCCGAGUGCCCCGAGGCGCUGGAGCAGGGGCGCGUCGAGUUUCGCGCGGUUGAUUUCCUGGUCGAGCCGCCUGUUCCGGGCUGCGAUGUGUAUUAUAUGAAGAACAUCUUACACGCGUUCUCGACAGCCCAUUGCUUAAUUAUCCUCCAAGGGAUCAAGAAAGUCAUGAAGCCCGGCAGCCGUGUUCUCAUCCACGAAUACAUCCUCCAAACAGGCUCCACGAAAUCCAGUGCGAACACUACGCAAGGUAACGAGCUGACGCGAGCCCCAGAACCCCUUCUGCCGAACUACGGACAAGGCCGCAUCCGGCAGUAUUACCUCGACGUCAGCCUCAUGGUUCUCCUCAAUGGCAAGGAGCGCACCCUCGACGACUACGUGCAGCUCGGCGCGCAGGCGGGGCUGCGGUUUAGCAGGGUGUGGGAGUUUGGCGAUUUGAGCGGCGUGGAGUUGACUUUGUGAGAUGGUCAAAUGUGAUACUGGCGAUCUGUAGAGUAGGAAGGGGCGCGUCUAAUUUAUGAUAAAUGUUUCGUAUUUGUCCAGAGUAAGUACUUGGGCCAGAAAAUUUUUGAACGGUAAGUAUAUCUCACCGUUCGAGCCAUGGGAAUUUGCAACGCUACCCCAAGACAACUGCAUUGUUUGUGGCGACCCUCACUGGUUGGCCAUGUAAAUUUACGGCCGACCUGUCGAUUGGCAACUCAGUCAGCACAUCGAACAGCGUGAUUUUCCUAUUGAUAGGUCACAGGAGUGAUCGAUUAUACACCGUUAGGUCGCAUAAAAGUUGAUAUUGAUGUUCUCACUACGGUAGAAAUGUUUUGCAGUUGAGAUGAUAAAGGACAGCAAAAAACGCGCCAUUGAUGCGAACGAUGUCGAAACAUGCCCGCCACCGCCUCCGCGAUCAUGAGGUCGUACUGUAUGUCAUUUCCAGUUUGAGAGUGAUUCCAAAUCUGUCAUGUCAUCGCUUUUCCGUCAUCAUAAUUUCCAAAAAAGGCAACGAUUGUCAAUCCCGCUCUAGUCUUGCUUGGACCCCAUCAGUUUGAAUUUAUUAUCGCGAGGUGCAACUGAAUGGAGCCCGUGGGUGCGCGUGUGCAAGUCGCUUUGGAUCUGCUCUGCAUUGGUGCAUAGAGCUCCCGCCUAUCGACAUGCAAGAAGCAUCCGGGUCACCGCUUCGGUUGACAAGACUCUGGAACUCUGCGCUCCGCGGGCAGAGUUGCUUAACUGAUACUGCACGAGCACGACACCAUCGAUUGGGCUGUCAGAAUUCGUAGUCGCGAUUUGGUCAUCGUGCCAACCUUUACUCAUCGCCUGGAACCCUGUCCUCCAUAUAAGUAAGGUCGACGAACGGCUGUCCAGAUCCUCACCGAGCCCCGCUAACCAGCAUCCAGACCAGUCAAACAACCAACAAACCAACCAAUCUUCAUCCAUCCAAUGUCUACGGAAUUCCUCAGCGCAAUCGCCCUCCGCCGGACCAACUACGCGCUGACUGCGAAGUCGUCCAUCCCCGACGCGAAGCUCGAGGAGAUCAUCAAGCAGCUCGUGCUCAACACCCCGUCCGCCUUCAACUCCCAGUCGGGGCGCGUCUCCAUCGUCCUCGGCGAGCAGAACAAGAAGCUGUGGGCGCUCGUGCGCGAGGCCGCUGUCGCGGGCCUAGAAGGUGCGUGUCGCAACGGCAGCGGCGUUAGUGGUGAUGUUCAUCGAUCGCAGGAGAACAGAAGGACGGGGUCAACAAGCGUAUCGACGGGCUGAGUGGCGGAUACGGAUCGAUCUUGUUCUGGGAGGACCAGGCCGUCGUCGAGGGCUUCGCGGCCAAAGUCCCACCGUAAGCCGAUUCCAUCCAACCUGGUUGACCCAUGCGUGUGCUGACGCACGCUCCCUCGCCUAGAUACGCGUCGCAGUUCCCGCACUGGAGCGACAACUCGACCGGCAUGCUCCAGCAUGGGGUGUGGGUCGCACUCGCGCUCGAAGGGUUGGGCGCUAGCCUGCAGCACAACGGCGCGGACCCCGCGCUCGCGGCGAAGAUCCAGGCCGCGUUCGGGCUGCCCACGACGUGGCGGUCGACCGCGAUCAUGCCCUUCGGCGUCGUUGCGGCCCCGCCUUCGGAGAAGAGCUUCAGCCCGAUCGAGCCCCGCGUCCAGGUGUUCAACUAAGUGGUCGGUGUAGAGACGGUGUUCUUGUGAGGGUCGAAUUUGUAAUGCAUAUGUUUUUGGAUCUACUCCAUCGCGAGAUCUGUGUCGGAGACUGGUUUGCUGUUGCAAGUACUCGUAGAUGCGUCAAGCAGACAUGCAGUUAUCACUGAUGGAUGCACAGCCUUCACGCAUUGAUGCUUGAGUGCCUAGACCCUGAUUCUGCCGCAGAGCCACUCUCUCUUUUCCGUGCAGAUAAUGCACAACUCCUUGCGGAAGAGUUCCGAUAUGCUGUCCAUUUACUGUGUGCCACUUGUGUGCCACUGUACCUAGUCGACAGUGGCGUACUUUGCCCUAUGUACCACAGAGUACUGACAUCGGCCCGUAACUAUGGCUCGCCCGUGCCUUGGCCGUGGGAGCGUAACUUCAGGCUCCUUCCGACCUCCGCACGUCCCUACGGGUCUAUGAAUCACCCACGUAUCGAUUAUUUUGUCACCCACCCAUCCAAUUUAAUUGAGCACGCGCGGUGGGCGGAUCGAGGCGGAAGUAACAAAAUUGACAGUCACCGCGGCGGACGUCGCCUUGGUGACGGCACCGGGACCACAUCUCAUCGCUGGGCUUGGGCAGGCUUGGGCACAACACGCCCCCGGUUUCAUCUCGUUCGUCAGAUGUUUGAGUGAGCGGGCAUGUGUAAGAAAAGUAUAUCAUACGAGCGGGAGAGAAGCGGCCCAUCUAUCAUACGUACUUACUUACUUCUCAUUCUUCCGGCCCAGCGCCUUUCUUCCCACUCCACUCACUCACUAGCUACUAUCAUCCCUACCCUGCAUCUGCGAUGAAGACCUUAUCGAUGUUCUCCGCCCGCUCGCUUCUGUGCCUCUUCGCCGCCGUAUCCACGCUCGCCGACGCAGCUGCCAUCACGCUGCCGCGCGCGCCCGCGCUGGCCAAGGACAACGCCUGGAAGCUCUCCGUGGGCUGGAACCAGACCGUGCUGCCCGCGAGCGCGUUUGGCAAGUCUAUCGGCGCGUUCACCGCCCCGCCCCGCCCGAAAGCGAACGCCGCGGUGGUCAAGCCGGCGGCCCAGCUCGCGACUGCGUCGCAGAAGGAAGGCACGCCCGGAGGGGUGUUCAUCUGCUUGAACACGCAGUGGGGCGGCGAGUGCGGGUACGCCGUGCAGCCGUUGAACGAGUGCAUCCUGCUUGCUUCGCCUUGGCUGAAGGGCGUCUCGAGCUUCGGCCCUGACUCGAGUGCUUCGUGCUUCGCUUUCAAUUCGGGUAACUGCGACGUCAAGAACGCGCAGUGGGACUUCCAAUUCCCUGGCGACGACUCCGGCGGGCUCGCGACCACGAACCCGUGGAACGACCGGAUCACCAGCUUCGCCUGCGUGCCUCCGGCCUGAUGAGCAUACUGCGGUCUUUUGGGGUGCUGGUUCGAUUCUUGUUAUCCUCUAUCUUUGUUACCCCGCUUGUUAUUCCCUGGUCGUAUCGUUGCUAUCUGCAAUACACGAAACUCUCUGUAGUGCAGGCGCGGGCGCGAUUGGGUCUAGACCUGCUCAAGAGAAAGA